AUGACAAGAGAUGGUUGGAUUUCGCCGCCGCGAUGCAGUUGUGCGGGCGUUAUGAGGCAGACUUUAAGUUCGAAGAUGGACAUUUUUGGCGGAUGUCCAAUGUUGAUGAUUCUUCAAGGGAUUUUUGUUAACAGUAACAACUCUUUAUUUAUGGGUCUCGUGUUGGAUCGUUUAGACAGAAGUUGUUGGUGUGUUGUACACGCUAAGUUUGUCGGCAGUAUGUGGACGUUUUGCCUCAUAUUGGUUGAUAUUUUAGUUUCUUUUGAACUUUACUGUACCGGUGGGAACCAUGUAUGUGAAGCUGUAAAGAGGCGUUAA